UUGCGUUGAAUCAUCAUUCAAGAUAAGAAUAUGUAAGAAUCAGACAUUCAUUGAUUAAAGUUGCAUACAUUUUUAUAUAUAAUUGUGAUUUAUUUACGUUUUCGGAUAUUGUGCAAAAUGACAAUAGAGAUAAAUAGGAAAGUGCAGUAUUUUGCAGGCCUUUCCGGUAAGUUUUGAUGCGGGAGAUUUAAAUGUAGUAUUUAUUAAAUUCUUAUGUAGAGAAAAUUUAUUUCCUUUGUAAUUAUGUAUCUAUAAUAAGCUCACUAGUAGCGAUAGUAGGUAAUAACUUCUUAAGAAAUUCAUCAGUUCUGUUGGGUCUCAGGCAGCUCAAUGGGCUGAGCAGUCACAAUUGUGGGUUCGAGUCCCAUCUCGGGAUGCCUGGCGCUGGUGAAUGUUUUAAGCAUUUUUCAUUUGUAAUGUUUGAAUUUAUUCUUUUGAGCUUAGCGGCGUUCACGUUUAUGUUUACUGGGGCAUCUCUUUCGUGGCCAUCACCUGCUAUUCCCAAAUUCCAAAAUGGAGACGCUAAUUUGCAAAUAACAGAUGAACAGACGUCUUGGGUGGUAUCGUUAUUGUCUGCGGGUGCGUUGUUGGGAUGCCUCGUGGGACAGGUUUCGAGCGAGCGUAUAGGUCGCAAACGGACUUUUCUGCUUUCCGCAGUGCCUGGCGUAGUAGGUGCGACAAUAAUACUGUUCACAAAGUCGCCAUUGUUAAUGUGCGGCGCCAGAUUCUUGAUGGGAAUAACUACGGGAACCGUGGCUGUGGUAACUAUGGUAUACAUAACAGAAAUAGCGGAUAAAGAGAUAAGAGGAGCUUUGGGUAUGACAGUACAAGUGAUGAACAAUAUGGGCGGCCUUAUCAUCUAUGGUGUGGGACCGUUUGUAUCCUACGCCGUGCUUAAUUCCAUCAUAGUGAUCAUUCCAGUGAUGUACUUGUUGUUUUGCCUGUGGAUACCAGAGUCACCGUACUAUUUUUUGAAGGACGGCAGAGUACAUCUAGCUAGAAAGGAAUUCGUCUUUAUAAAAGGACGUAAAGAUGAGAAGUGGAUAGAUGAACAGUUAGGAAUAAUUAACGUUCACGUGAAAGAAAAUAUGGAGAACGCGACAACGGUAAAAGAAUUGUUCACGAAUAUCAAGUAUAGAAAAUGUUUGUACAUUGUUGGUGGAUUAAAACUUCUUCAAUACAUGACAGGCAUUUUAGUGAUCCAAUCUUAUUUAGAAGAGAUAUUUAGACAAAGCAGUUCUAUAUCAGGACCACGUGCUAGUAUUAUCUAUGGCUUCGUGCAAUUGGGGGCUGGUAUAGGAGCGACGUUCCUUAGCAGAUGGUGUCGAAGAAGAUUCCUCUUACUACUAUCUUGCGUAGGAGUAUCAAUCGCAAUGACCAUAGUCGGAAUCUACUUUUACCUUCAAGAUGUAGUUAAAUUAACACCAGAAGUAUUAGCAUCCUAUUCCAUGUUGCCGUUAUUAGGUUUAAUGGGUUUCAAUGUAUUAUACGCUUUUGGUGUUGGUAAUUUACCGUAUGUAUUACAAGCAGAACUAUUUCCAGUCAACGUGAAGUCAGUGGCGUCCAGUGUAGCUACUCAAUUAGCUUGCGUACUGAGUUUCUUAGUGACAAAAUUUUAUUUAAGUUUUAGAAAUGUAUUCGGCAAUCACUCGGUAUUCUGGUCUUUUGCUUGUAUAGGUUAUCUGGGAGUGUUCUUCAUAUACUUUUAUGUGCCAGAAACUGGAGAUAAAACAUUAGAGGAGGUGCAAGAUAAUCUCAAAGCUAACACGUCGGAAGGUCAAUCUUUACGCGAUUACAAAGCAGACGACGAUUAGAAACGAAGAGAAAAGUGAGAGUAUUUUUCUGCCAGGUCUGAAAUAAUCCUUAAAACAUUAUUUUAAUAUGCAAAAUAUGUAUAUUAUAUUCAUUAUACACACUUUGAACUUAUAUUUAGGUAAAUAUUUUAAUAUCGUUUAUUUUGUAGCUUAAAAAAAUACAAAAACCUAAUUCGAGUUACGGUAGAAGCUAGUCAGAUUCCCAUUUGAGAUUAAAAUACAAUAUUUUAACUACAGUGAAACCAAACUUAAUUUACCGUUUCCCUGAAUACUCGUUUACACAUGCAUGUCCUACCAAUAUCAAUGAUAAAUGGACGUAUGUCUCAAAUCAAUAAUCAAUUUUGUUUUAAUAGCCAUAAGGUGUAAAAUACAACUCACUUAACUUCCUUCUCUCUCGGCGAUGUCAGGCGAGUGGAUCACUCAAUGGUGCGGUACUACAAUAUUCAUUAAAAUAAACUUAUUAAAAUAUUAUAUGAAUCGUCC